UUUCUUUUUUAUUUUAUCUGAACAGAGUAUAUCCCCAAAGGCAAAGCGAUGACGAAUCAUGGUAGACUUUGAUAAAUAACAAAAUAAUUAUUGUGGGUGAAAGUACGCGUUUAUGGUGGGAUCUGCGUUUAGUUUGCGAUGCAGUGCGUAUGAUUGGUCGGAGACGUGACCUAGCUCAUCGAACGACUUCAACAGGUGAGAAGAGAAUCGGAAUCGGAGUGAGACGAUGAGGGCGGUGAGUGCGUUAAUGGUGGCUCGGAUGCUGACGCGGGACCACUCCCUCGCCAACGAAAGCAUAGCCUUCGGAUCUGUGUGGUGGUUCGUCUACGCCGGAAUCUCCUGCUUCCUCGUCCUCUUCGCCGGAAUCAUGUCCGGUCUCACCCUCGGCCUCAUGUCUCUCGGCCUCGUCGACCUCGAGAUUCUCGAGCGCAGUGGUUCUCCUUCUGAGAAAAUGCAAGCCGCGGUCAUACUUCCCGUGGUUAAAAAGCAGCACCAGCUUCUGGUUACUCUGCUUCUCUGUAAUGCUGUCGCCAUGGAGGCUCUGCCGAUAUACCUAGAUAAACUAUUCAAUCAGUUUGUUGCUAUCAUUCUCUCUGUAACUUUCGUCCUCUUUUUCGGGGAGGUUAUUCCUCAAGCAAUUUGUAGUAGAUACGGUCUUGCUGUAGGUGCCAACUUUGCAUGGCUAGUGCGGAUUUUAAUGAUUAUCUGUUACCCGGUUUCUUAUCCAGUUGGAAAGGUUCUGGAUUACCUAUUGGGGCAUAAUGAGGCUUUAUUUAGGCGAGCUCAGUUAAAAGCUCUUGUCUCCAUUCACAGCCAGGAGGCUGGGGAAGGUGGUGAGCUUACACAUGAUGAAACAACAAUUAUCAGUGGAGCUCUUGAUUUGACUGAAAAGACUGCUGAGGAGGCUAUGACUCCUAUUGAAUCAACAUUUUCUUUGGAUGUUAAUUCAAAAUUGGACUGGGAAGCAAUGGGAAAAAUUCUUGCUCGCGGGCACAGCCGUGUUCCUGUGUAUUCUGGAAAUCCAAGGAAUAUUAUUGGGCUUCUUCUGGUCAAAAGUCUUCUUACUGUACGACCAGAGACAGAGACCCCUGUCAGUGCUGUAUCCAUUCGGAGAAUUCCACGGGUUCCAUCGGAUAUGCCUCUCUAUGAUAUACUAAAUGAAUUCCAAAAGGGCAGUAGUCAUAUGGCUGCUGUUGUUAAGGCUAAGGGAAAAGGCAAAGAAACUCCGCAAAUCAUUGAUGAAGAGAAAAAUGAAGAAAACAAUAGUGUUGGUGGGGAUUCACAGUUGACCACUCCGUUGCUACAGAAACAGGAUGAGAAAUCAGGAAGUGUUGUUGUUGACAUUGUCAAGCCUUCAAAGCCUUCCAGCAUUAAUAAGCUGAUGCAACGUAGUGAUAGCACAACGAAUGGUCCCUCUGCAGAAAAUAUUGAAGAUGGUGAAGUGAUUGGUAUUAUUACUUUGGAAGAUGUAUUUGAAGAACUUCUGCAAGAAGAAAUUGUUGACGAGACAGAUGAAUAUGUUGAUGUUCAUAAGAGAAUACGUGUUGCUGCGGCUGCAGCUGCUUCCUCGGUGGCCAGAGCUCCAUCAGCACGAAGAUUGAGUAGCCAAAAGGGAGCAGGAGGCCAAAAUAAGCCAGGGCAAACUCCGAAGAAAUCUGCAGAAGAAAAUGGAUUGAAUUCUACGAAGCAAUAAGUGAAUUCGUGUUAUACUCCCAGGAGAGUUCUUCAGUCAUUUGAUCCUAUGAUUUAUCAUAUUAAUAACUCUCCUUUCUUAAGGGCUCAAACGGAUGUAUUGCUAUUUAUUGUAGUAGAAAUGUUGAAGGUUAUUAAGCUAGUGCCGCUUGCAUAUCUGCUGCAAUUUUAUGUUCGA